AUGCUUCCUCGAAUGAACUGGACCGAGAAGCCACUUCGAGCCCCCACUCGUUCGCCAGGCCCAAACCCAGGCCCCAACCCAGAAGGCAGCGAGCUGCCACCCCCUCCAGACGGAGGACUCCAGGCAUGGAAGCAAGUCCUCUGCAUGCACUUUGUCUUCUUCAACUCCUGGGGUGUCAGCAACAGCUUCUCCGUCUUCGAGCAGCUCUACACCGAAACCCUCCCGCAGUCCGCCUCGACCAUCUCCUGGAUCGGCAGCGUGCAGGUCUCCCUCCUCUUCUUCGCUGGGGCGUUCGUGGGCCGCGCCACCGACGCAGGCUACUUCCGUCUGAUCUUCUCGCUGGGGGUUUUUCUGCAGCUGCUGGGCAUCUUCAUGCUCUCCCUCUCCAAGACCUACUGGCAGAUCUUCCUGACGCAGGCCGUCUGCAUGGGUCUGGGCAAUGGCCUGACUUUUAGCCCGGGACUCUCGAUCAUGUCCUCAUACUUUGUCGAAAAACGCGCCUUCGCUGUGGGGGUAGCCGCGGCCGGGGCCGCGACAGGUGGUCUGAUCUACCCCGUGCUGGUGAACCAGCUGCUGUACACGCAGCAGAUUGGAUUCGGGUGGACGAUCCGCGCUGCGGGGCUGCUGAUGCUAGUCACGCAGAUGCCCGGGGUGGUGCUCUUCAAGCCCCGUCUUCCGCCGCGACGAAGCGGUCCUCUGAUCGAAUGGGGCGCCUUCACCGAGCUGCCCUUCCUCUUCUUUACCGUGAGCAUGUUCCUCAACUUCUGGGGCCUCUACUUCGCCUUCUUCUACCUUGGAACCUUCGCUCGCGAUCGUCUCGGGGUAAUAGACACGCAGGAUCUGAUCCUGGUGUUGAAUGGCGUGGGAAUUAUCGGACGCAUCGGGCCCAGUCUCAUCGGGGACCGGCUGGGCAAACUAAACGUCUUGAUCCCGCUCAGUUUUGCCUCUGCGAUCGUGAUUCUAUGCUGGAUGGCGGUCCACACCGUCGCUGGGUUGUAUGUGUUUGCGGUUGUCUAUGGGUUGGUGGGCGGUGCAGCGCAGUCACUCUUCCCUGCUACUGCGACGACAAUGACCCCUGAUAUCAAGCGAACGGGGACGCGGAUCGGGAUGAUUCUGAGUCUUGUUGGAUUUGCGACGUUGACGGGACCGGUGCUGGAGGGGGCGUUGAUCUCGCGAGACGGGGGGCGUUAUACAGGGGCGCAGAUAUUCGCGGGGAUUUGUAUUGUACUCGGUGCCGGGGCUGCGUUGGCUGCGAGGGUAGCCAAGGUUGGGUGGGAGUGGAGGGCGAAAGCUUGA